UUGGGGUGUGGGAGGACAAGGUGCUUCGUUCCCGGUGGCGUGCAGCCAACACGGGAGCUGGGGGAUGCUGUUAGCAGGCUGAGAGCCCUUGGAGGGGUUGGCCUGGAUUGAGCCUGACCAAGGAGGGGAGUGCAGUCAGGAUCCCCUUCCUCACAGGUCUGCUCUGGGUUUGGUGCUUGGCUGGUUCCCAGGGAUGGGAGGAGAGGCUGUACGCCCCUCCUCCUCUCCUGCUCCCAGCCCAUGUGGAUGACAGCUCACAGCCUCCACACCACAAGGAUGGCCACAGUGUAGGAACGGUUCCUGGGUUUUGGGUGCAGCUCAGAGGUGACUCGUUCUGUCCCCAGCUCCAGUUCUCAGUGUGCUUUUUGUAUCCUGGUGUAUCCAGCUUGCUGUGCACACUUCAAGGAGCUCUGCCAAUGCAUGGUAGCAGUGUGAGAUGGGGAGGUAGCACUCAUGGUAGCAGUGUGAGUUCCAGUGCAAAGAACUGCAGAACAGACUGGACACCUACAUGGAUGUGGAGCCUUAUGCACAUGACAAGCACUGAUGGAGAGGGGCUGUGCACCAUGCCCUGGAGACCAGGAGGGGUUCUGACCUCCUCCAGGGCAGGCAACUGAAGAGAAAGAGAAUGGGAUGCAGAGGAACUCCAGGCAAAAGCCUGAGCUGCUGGGAACAGCUCCUAGACAGAGGCAGCCAGCUGUGAAUCCUGCCAGGGAUGCACAGUGCUACUGAUGAGCUUUGGUGAUGUGCAUGUGGCACAGUGCUGCUGCUUGCACCAAGGGGGAGUGCAGGAGAGGGAUGCACCCAUGCAGCACUUUGGUCACCGCAGGGUCCUUGGGUUGUACUCCUGGCCGUGUCCCAAGCUUUUGUUUGCAAACGCUGGGCAGCAGUGACCUUCACAGUGCAGGAAGGGCACCGGGUGAGCCAGGAGGGUUUUCCCCAUGGGGAAAGGGUGGGGUUGUCCUCCCCGCGCUCGGCAAACUUUGACUUUGGGGAGGGGGGAGGAAAGCAGCACCCAGAGAAAGUUUGUUCUUCACUUCCUGUGUUUAUUCCCUUCCCUUUCUCCCUACCUUUUGGAAAAAAGCAAUGGGAGAUUGAGAAUAUGCUUUUUUUGUGUGUGUGUGUGUUUACCCUAAGGAAAAGCCCCAGCUUUUCUCUCCUGAGAGAUCCAGGGCAGCCCCCACCCAGAGCUGCUGCUCAGAGUCCCAGUGUAUGGCUGCUCUCUCUGGCACAGAUUUGCCCAUGGCCGUGGCCACCCUGGGCGACUGAUGGCUGUGACAUGGCCCAGCUGGCAGAGGCAGAACAGCGCUGCCCUGAGACCACGCAGCCAAGGCUGAACCCCACUUCACAGCUCCUGAAGCCACUACUGAGAGCAGCUCUGUGCCACCCUUGAGUGGCACCAGGGAUGGGGCAGGCGGUGAAGCGUUGGGGUGUUUGCUGGCUCUGGUGUUGGUGCUGGCACUGGGUGCACAGCAGCGGGUUGGCACGUGCCUAUGGGCCGUUGGGGGACCUUGAUCGCUGGCAGCAGAUGGUGGCAGUGAUUGGGGAGCUGCAGUGGUGUGGAUGAGUGCACGUGUCCCACCCCACAGCCAGCAGCGUGCCAGCAAGAGGAGCUGUGCAUUGCUCCUGGCUGCCCUCACAGCAGUGUCAGCCAAUGGUGCUCUAAAGGGGUGCACAGGGUUGACUGGGAGCCACCAUCUCAGCCUUGCUGGACCUUCCUCUGGUCUGCUGCUGGUGACGUGGUUCUCAUCCCCGGCUUCUCCUCGCUACCCUCCUGGCAGUGACAAGGACUGUUUGUGUUGGCCAAGCCACAAUGAAAGGCGGAACACCUUCCUGCACCCAGUGACAGGACAGCUCCCGGAAGAAAACUCAAGAUUAGACUUGCAAAAGCCGACCUUGGACAUGUCAAGCAAAGCAGGCAGCAAGCGCCCGGCGAACAGCAGCAACAGCAGCGAACCCUCCAACCACACCAUGGUGACAGAGGUGGCUCCGGAGCGGCCCGGAGGCCGGGUGCGUGCCCGGGUCCACGUGGCACAGAGGGCAACGACGGAGCAGACGGGAAGCGUGGGUCCCCCCAGGGCACUGAGCUCAUCCUCUCCUCCUCUGCAGGCGUCGCGCUCCUCCCGUAAGGGCAUCGCCUUCGGGAAGCGCUCCAACUCCAUGAAGAGAAACCCCAACGCCGCCGUCACCAAGAGCGGUUGGCUUUACAAGCAGGCCAGCUCGGGGGUGAAGCAGUGGAACAAGCGCUGGUUCGUGCUGGUGGACCGCUGCCUCUUCUACUACAAAGAUGAGAAGGAGGAAAGCAUCCUGGGCAGCAUCCCCCUGCUCAGCUUCCGCGUGGCAGCCGUGCAGCCCUCUGACAACAUCAGCAGGAAGCACACCUUUAAGGUGACGGUGUGCUGGGUGGAGGAGGUGCCGGCGAGUAACGAACAGUCCCUGUCUCCCCAGGCCGAGCACGCCGGCAUCCGGACGUACUUCUUCAGUGCUGAGAACACAGAGGAGCAGGAAUCCUGGAUCCAAGCCAUGGGCGAAGCUGCCCGGGUGCAGAUCCCCCCAACCCAGAGACACGAGAAGACGGAUUCUGAGAACAUCCCCCCCAGCAAACACCACCACCACCAUCGUAAUACCGUGCACCACGAGCACCCCAAAGCUGACCCCAGCGCCAAGACCCGGGGUGAAGGCGACGGCCGUGGCUCAGAGAAACUCGAGAGGAAACCAGAGAGGAUGGAGAGCAAGAAGGAACCCUUGGCCAAAGCCAACGGCAUCGCCGGGCAAGAGAUACCCUCUGAGCCCGGCAGCCCUUACCCCGAAGCACCGCGGGUGCCGACGAGCACAGAGCGGCCGCCCCAACCCAACGGUUGGCCCUACACGUCCCCCAGCCGCCCUGGCAGCACCGCCUACCCCCCACCCGAUGGGGAGAGCGCUGCCCAUCGCCGCAGCUUCGCCCCCCGCACCAACCCCGAGAAAAUGGCGCAGCGCAAGAGCUCCAUGACGCAGCUGCAGCAGUGGGUGAACCUGCGCCGGGGCAACGUGCCCCCCGAGGAGCUGCGCAGCCCCACCAGGUUUUACCCCGUGUCUCGCCGGGUGCCUGACUACUACCCUCCCUACUCACCCCAGUACCCUGAGGACUAUCAGUACUACCCACCCGGCGUGCGCCCCGACAGCAUCUGCUCCAUGCCCGCCUACGAGCGGGUCAGCCCUCCCUGGGCAUUGGACAACAACAAGCGGCAUUCCUUCCGCAACGGGGGCCCCUACCAGCUCCAGGAAUGGAAGGAGCACCCCGGCUACGGCCGGCAGGAUGUCCCGGUCUGGCUCCCUGGUAGGCAGCCGACUUAUUUCGAUGAGGUGGAUGCUGCCUCGGGGUCGCUGCGGAGGAUGUCGCUGCAGCCCCGCUCCCGCUCCGUGCCCCGCUCGCCCAGCCAGGGAUCCUACGGCCACACGCGGGUCUACUCCCCGGUGCGCUCUCCCAGCGCUCGCUUAGAGCGGCUGCCGCCCCGUGGAGAGGAGAUUUAUGUCGACCCCGGCACCUUCAUGAUGAGGAGAUCCAUCAGUUCUCCCAAGUACGACUACCUGGGUGACAGGCGGCCCAUCCCUGCAGGAAUGUACCCCUACCACUACCCCGCAUCCCCCACGGUCCACGACAAGAUGGAUGAACUUUUAGACCUUCAGUUGCAAAGAAACCUAGAGUAUUUGGACCAGCAGAUGAGCGAGAGCGAAACCCUGAUCAGUAUGGUGAACAGGAUGGUGGAGAGCUCCUCCCCUAGGGCUCAGCUCUACAUGCAAGUGACGACGCCUUUCCCAGAAGCCUACAGGGAGACCCUGCAUGCCUACAAGAUAAGCGAGCAAGACACUGAUAAGCUGCUGGGGAAGCUCUGUGAGCAGAACAAAGUGCUGCGGGAGCAGGAGAGGCUGGUGCAGCAGCUCCGAGCAGAGAAGGAGAGUCUGGAGAGUGCCCUGAUGGGGACACACCAGGAGCUGGAGAUGUUUGGGAGCCAGCCUGCCUACCCUGAGAAGCUGCUGCACAAGAAGGAGUCUCUGCAGAACCAGCUCAUCAACAUCCGCGUGGAGCUGUCACAGGCCAGCACGGCCUUGGCCAACAGCACAGCUGAGUAUGAGACCCUGGAGAGCGAGGUGUCCGCCCUGCACGAUGACCUCUGGGAGCAGCUGAACCUGGAUAUCCAAAAUGAAAUGCUGAACCGACAGAUCCAGAAGGAGAUUUGGCGGAUCCAGGAUGUGAUGGAGGGGCUGAGGAAGAACAACCCAUCCCGCGGCACCGACACUGCUAAGCACAGAGUGGCCAUCGGCCCCUCGGGCACCUACAGCUCCAACAGCCCUGCCAGUCCACUGAGCUCCGCCAGCCUCACCAGCCCCCUCAGCCCCUUCUCCCUCAUCUCUGGCUCCCAGGGCUCGCCCACCAAGCCAGGUCCCAGCGAGGAACCCGGCCCGCCUCGACCUCCCCUCCCCAAGUCGUACAUCCCCCUGGAGCCUCCUCCGACCGUACCUCCACUCCCUAGCGAGAGCCGCCCCUGGCCGUACCCCACCUCCCCUUCCUGGCAGCGAGGCGGCGAGUCGCAGAGGGGACAGCCCAAACCAAGCUUGGAGCAAAGCAAGAAGGAGACGCAGCGAGCGGCUGCUCCCAGCUCCACUGCUGAGGGGCUGCUGAGCCGGCAGGAGCAGGAGGCAGAAAAACAAGCUGCCCUCAACAAAGUGGGCAUUGUGCCGCCCCGAACCAAAUCCCCGACGGAGGAGGAGGUGGUGCCCACAACAGGGAUGCUGAGGAGGAGUGCCAGCGGCAUGGCCAACGGGCUGGGCUCCCGGGAGAGGCCGAAGAGCGCCGUGUUUGCCAAUGAGACAAAGGUGAAGAUGAGCGUGGAGGAGCAGAUUGACCGCAUGAAACGCCACCAGAGCGGCUCCAUGAAGGAGAAGCGGCGCAGCCUGCAGCUGCCUGGCAGCCAGCAGCCAGACACCCCUGGCACGAAGGCACCCACGUCCUACAAAGUGGUGCGCCGGCACCGCAGCAUCCAUGAGGUGGACAUCUCUGACCUGGAGGCAGCGCUGCGGUCUGAUGAACCUGGCAAGGUGCACGAGACACCCCGAGAGGAGAUCGCCCGGCUGCGCAAAAUGGAGCUGGAGCCACAGCACUACGAUGUGGACAUCAACAAGGAGCUAUCCACACCGGACAAAGUCCUCAUCCCUGAGAGGUACAUUGAACUGGAGCCUGACACGCCACUCAGCCCCGAAGAAAUGAAGGAGAAGCAAAAGAAGGUGGAAAGGAUAAAAACCCUCAUUGCCAAAUCCAGCCUGCAGAACGUCAUCCCCCUGGGUGAGGGUGAAGUGGAUGCUCCCCAGGACCCCGAAACACAGCUGCAGGAGCAGGAGAAGAGGAUAGAGAUCUCAUGUGCUCUGGCUGCUGAGGCAUCCCGCCGGGGCCGCAUGCUGUCGGCUCAAUGCGCUACCCCAAGCCCUCCCACCUCCCCAGCUUCCCCGACUCCACCGACCAACCCCCUCUCGUCUGAACCAUCCCGGGUCGCCGACUGCAGCCAUUUUAUGCGUGUCUGAGCCAUGAACUCAAGCCCUGGCAGCCGCUGGUGCCAUCAAGUCUCAUGGGGCCACGUUCUAGUGCAGCACUACAUGCGCCAUGGCUCGACACUGACCCUCUCUGCGCCAUCGUUUUUGGUUCUCCUGGACCCCUUCCCUCCUUCCCAUCGAUGGCAUCACCAUUGGGGUGGAUGAGAGGGGAAGAUGCAGCUCCAACGCUCUGCCCCAUCCUGGAGGAGCUGUGCAGAUGCCAUAAGCGCCGUCCCCAAGGACUGGGGACACUGAGCUUCCACCCAGCACUGGGACACAGCUGCGUUGUCCUGGGUGCAUGGAGGGACAUGUGCAGCUCUGGAGGAGUGCAGCACCCUUCAGCUCUCUGUGCAUUGGUCACACAAAGGGGGCCGUCUCCACUAUGGAUGGUGCAUUCUCCACGUGCAUCUGUGCUCCUGGCUGUGCCCUGAAAGCUUUCAGCACCUUGCUGGAGGGAGGUGCCAGCCUCAUCGUGGCUGCAAGUGGGAACAGGGCGCACGGAGAGGGGACACAAUGGGACACAGGUGUCCCGGGGGCCGGGAUGGUGAGGGCUGCCCAGCACAGAGCCGUGGGCAUGGAGCAGCAGGUGCAGGCAGGGACAGGGGAUGUGGGGAAGGAGCAGAGGAACGGAGCGGAGCCGAUGGGCCAAGCAGCAAUCUGCAGGAUGGAUGAGGAUGGUGACAAGGAAGGGACCGGGUCGGAGCCGUGAAUGCUUCCAGGUGGUAGCAACGCUUUGCUCAUGGUCACCUCUGUCACAGCCCAGGUGGCCCAGCAGGAAUUCCGUGACACAUGCAGCACUCCCUGGGCAGCCUUCUGUGCUGGAGGAGGGAUUCCUUCUCCCGCAGCACCGGGGAUGGAUGUGGGGACAAGGAGGGGGCACCUCAGCUGCGCAGCAUGGACUGGAUCCCUCUGGUCUCACCGCACGCCAUUGCACUCCAACCACGUCAGCUUGGUCAUUUCUCCUACUGCCUAUCCUUGAUUUCAUUUUAUUUUCGCUUUCCAAACGGAGGGAAAAACGCUGUUUCUGCCUGAAAACACAGCGCAGUGUGUGGGGGGGUGGGGGGCAGAGGUGGGGGUUGGGCAGUGUCCCUAUGGCUGGAUCCUGAUGUGUGCCCCCUCUGCAUCCCCAACCCCCCUCCCCGCUCUUAGCAAUACUCAUAGGAUCCCAGGAACCCCAGUCCCCCUCUCCUCCUGCAGCCCCCUUAGCUCAUAAAGCUGGCCCUUUAUUUUGCUAUUACAUGCCUUAAUAUAUGUUUUAUGGAGAGUUAUACAUUUAUUAUAUACGUAUAUAUAUAUAUAUAUAUAUAUAGACGGGGUUUGUUUUUUUUUCUCUUCUUUUCUGGGAGGUAGUUUUGUGCUGAUCUCUGCAGGGUUGUCAGCACAACGAGAGCCAGUUUAUCAGAAAAUUUAAAAUUAAAAAAAAAAUAAUAAAAAUUAAAAUGAAAAAAAAAGCCAAUAUAUAUAUAUAUACACAUAUAUUUUUUUCUGCUUUUAUGAAAAGCAAAUUUAUUUAAAAAUAAAAUAUAUAUAUAUAUAUGUGUGUAAAGAGAGCGUAAGGUGGAAGAGGUGACGCCUUUAUUUCCCCAGCUGGGGGGUGUGCAGGGCAGAGCCCUUUGUGCAGGGGGGGUUGGCUGGGGGGCACUGGGCCUCUCCCAUGGCUGUAGGAGAUGGGAACCUCUGUGUCCUCAUCCCACAGCUGCAGUGCAAUGGAAAGGGGUCAUUUGGGGCUUUUUUUUUCCUUUCUUUUUUUUUUCUUCUUUUUUUUUUUU